CAGUAUAUAUCAUCUCCACACACACAAUCUCUCUCGCACAAAUGUACAGAAACCCUAGAAAAGCUCCGAUAAUGGCGUCUUCACGAGCUCUCACCACCGCCACUGGUCUAAUGAAGCUCCUUCACUCGCCUCAGAUGGCCGCUCCCUUCGCCGCCGCUCGUUCACUUCACACCGCCGCUCUUUCGACGAGCUCACGAAGCUCUCUCGCCACCGCCAGUGGCCUCACGAAGCUCCUCCGCUCCCAUCUAUCACCUCCGAUGGCCACUCCCUCCGCGUCUCGUUCGCUAUGCACAGUCCCUAUUCGGAGAAGCGAUUCCGACUCCGACUCCGAUUCGGAGUCCGACGCCGGCCCCGGCUCCAAACAGCGAUCUAAUCUCAAAGGAGCGAAUGAUGAUGGUGAAUAUGGCCCGAGAAUCCCAUACGAGAUUAAACUGGUGCGAGACGAGUUCUAUAGGAUCAGGCUUGACCUGCCUGGUUUAGGGUCAAAGGAUUUGGAUCUGUGGGUUGACAAGAAGAAGGACAUAGUUUUCGCGGGAAAGUGCAAGAACGAACCCAAGCAUGGGUACGAAGGAGGCCUCUACAAUGGCACCAUUCCAGGGUGUCCAUUGUUAUGCGAUAUGGAUCAAAUCAAGGCGGAGCUUAACCAAGGUGUGCUCUGGAUCUCUCUCCCGCUCACUGAAGAAGGCAAGAAGGCGAUACAGUGGCAAAGAUCGGUCGAAUUCAAGUUGGAGAAAACAGAGCUUUGAUCCAUCCAACUUGUUGAUAUAUUUGGGGGUUUAGGGUUUUUUCCAUCAAUUAGUUCUUUGGUAUGAGUUGGGUCCUUUUCGAUUUCUCUCUCUGGUGAAUGAUGAUUGAUCAAUUUCUGUGUAUGUUGAAUCAAUGUUUUUUUGGGGUUGAUUCUAAACUGAUAUUGCAAUCGGAAGGUUAAUUAAUGGUUAGUUUUUGUAGUUA